AUGCGGAGCAGUGUGCGUCAUCUGCGCCUUGCCGCCGCGUCGGUUGUGACGCUGCCCUUCACGCCGUCCCCCGCCAAUUGCACAGACCGCGCACCAGCCAAGCCACGGAUUCUGGUCGUCAACCCGAACUCUUCAAGCUCAUUCACGGAGCUGAUGGCCGCGCGUGCCAAGGGCUGGCCACAGCUCGACGCAGUGUGCAUCAACCCCGCGACCGGCCCGGCCUCCAUCGAGGGCGACUUUGACGACGUCUUGAGCGCCGUGCCAACGUUGGAAGAGAUUCUGCGCCGCCGUGGCACAUUUGACGCCGUGGUAGUCGCGUGUAUUUCCGAUCACUCGGCGAUUGCUGCUGCGCGUGAGGCGCUAGUCCAGCCCGUGGUCGGCAUUCUCGAGGCCUCGGUGAUGUUGGCCUGUCUGGUGGGAGAGAAGUUUGCGAUCGUCACCUCGAACAGGCGCUGGGAGCCAUUGCUGUGGCGCGCGCUCGAGACUUACGGGGUCAAGGAGCGGUGCUGUGGCGUGCGCGGCUGCUUGGACCGCGUCCUCGACUUGGAGGGCGAUGUGCACGCGAUGAUCUUGCAGACGGCCAGGGAGCUGGUCGAGCAGGGCGCUGAGGUGAUAGUGCUCGGGUGCGCGGGCAUGGCGGGCCUCAAAGAGGAUCUCGAGGCCCAGCUGCAUGUCCCAGUUGUCGACCCGAUCGACGCAGGGUUCGCGGUAGCUGGCGCGCUGGUGACGAUGAGGUUGGCGACCAGCAAGGUCAACACCUACCACACUCCAGGGUACAAGGCCUGCCCGAACAUCUCGCCGCUGCUCCAAUCCGCGUACAAGAAUUGA